GUGUUGGUGUCGUCGUCCGUGUAAAAGAGCUUACACAGUCGCGCUGACUGAAGGCGAGAAGAAAGAUGGCCGAAAGCGUAGAGAUAGAUCUGUACGCCGACGAUUUAGAUCAGGAUUAUGGGCAAAAUAACGAUGAUUUUGGAGCAGAUAGUGGCGACCUGUACGACGAUGUAAUCGUACCUUCCGGUGACCGCAACAAUGCGGGCAGAGGGCCGUCUAUCGAUCGCGGGGAAGGAGUCGAUACGAAUGGGUCGUAUCACCAUCAUCCUGGCGCUUGGUCAAUCAGCCACAUUCCACGCCGUCAUCAGCUGUACGUGGGCAAUCUACCCUGGUGGACAACGGACCAGGACAUAACAGAUUCGCUGGCGGACUUGGGGGUCAAUGACUUUCAGGAGGUGAAAUUUUUCGAGAACCGGGCCAAUGGGCAAUCGAAGGGUUUCUGUGUGAUUUCGCUCGGUUCGGAGAAUAGUUUGCGUUUGGUGAUGGAUCGGCUGCCGAAGAAGGAACUGCACGGCCAGAAUCCGGUCGUGACAAUGCCCACGAAGCAAGCGCUCAAUCAGUUUGAGAGCCAACAAAAGACGAGACCGACGCCUCCGGCACCGGGACAAACAAAUGGGCCACGACCACCCGUACCGGGCAUGCCGAUGGGUGGUCCAGGCGGUCCUGGGGGUCCUGGCGGCGGUCACGGUGGGCCAGGUAUGGGUGGUCCAGGAGGACCGGGACCAGGUGGACCGGGAGGUCCGGGAGGUAUGGGAGGUGGUCCCGGUGGUCCACAACCGCGCAUGAUGAAUCCGAACAUGCCUCCAGGAAUGCGUCCACCACAUCCACACAUGUCAGGGCCGAUGCAUAUGCAAGGGCCGCACGGCGGUCCGGGCGGUCCACCAAGACCACAGGGACCACCAAUGCAUCAAGGGAAUGGACCACCGCAGCAACCGCCUCGAUUCCAGAAUCAAAACCAAUGGAAUGGUCCACCACGUAUGAACGGUCCACGACCAGGCGGCCCGGGGGGUCCAGGCCCAAUGCAGCACAGGCCGCAAAUGUUCCAAGGACCUCCGAAUGGUAUGCCACGCGGACCUCGUCCCGAAUGGAACAGACCCCCGAUGCACGGUGGUUAUCCGCCCGGGCAUCCGGGCGGCCCUGGUCAGGGUCCGCCGCAUAUGCAGGGAGGUCCACAUGGGCCCCGUGCUCCACACCAUGGCUCGAUGGGAGGUCCACCGGGACCGCAAGGUCCGGCACCGCACGUAAACCCCGCGUUCUUUAAUCAAGGUGGUGGGCCACCGAAUCAUCCGAAUGGUGGUGGCCCAGUUGGACCACCGCAUGGACCCCAAGGACAGGGCGGAGGACCACCACAACAUUUUAACCCACAGGGUGGUGGUGCUCCACGCGGUGGUCCGUGGCCGGUACAGGGCGGUAAGCCUCCGGGUGCGCCGGGCGGUUUUCCGGAGCAUCCCAUCACACCGCAGCUGAGCGAAGCAGAGUUUGAAGAGAUUAUGACCAGAAAUCGUACAGUGAGCAGUUCUGCCAUCGCCAGAGCCGUAUCGGAUGCCGCCGCUGGGGAAUAUUCCAGCGCAACGGAAACGCUCGAGACUGCGAUCUCGCUUAUCAAACAGUCUAAGGUUGCACAAGAUGAACGGUGCAAAAUAUUGAUCGUUUCACUGCAGGACACGCUGCAUGGCAUCGAGACAAAAAGCUACACUCGGCGGGAGCGAUCCCGUUCGCGUGAACGCUCGCACAGACGCCAGCGCCGAGAGCGUUCCACCUCACGCUACCGGGAAAGAUCGCGCGAUCGCGAACGGGACCGUGAGCGUGAUCGGGAUCGUGAUCGCGAGCGUGACGGCUCUCGCCGUUCCCGCCCUAGAAAAUCUCCCGAACCGGCCACCGAUAAUGCGACGGAGAGUUCCUCCAAACGCUAUUACAACGACGACCGUUAUCGUUCGUCGGACCGCGAGCGGGAACGCGAUCGUGAUCGUGAGCGCCGCGAAGAUCACCGGUCCAGGCAUUAA